AUGGGCGUGAAGGACCAUCUGGAGGAUGGAACAGGCCACAUGCACAGCCUGGAGCUGGAUCUGGACUACCUCCACGUGGAAGGUGCUGAACGGCAGGUCGGCCUGAGCACUGUGACGGUUGCUGGUAGUUUAGGGGUCACAGAUGGUGUCCAGAGUAACAGCAGCACAAGCUUCAGUACUAAUUCAAGCUACAGCAGCAGUAGCAGUUGCAGUAACUUCUCUGACAGUGACGAUGAGCGGCUCCACAAUGGGUCCAAUUCUGAAUCUAAAAACCCUCAGCAAGAACAGCAUGAUCUACUUCACCAAGAGUCCUCUUCAGUCUUUCAGACAGUCAGGCUGGACCUGGCUCCAAAUCAAACCCCUGGCGACCCCCCACAGCCAGAAACAUCAUCUCCCAACGACCCCGUCACUGCCUACCGCGCCAAAGUGGAGUUUGCUCUCAAGCUAGGGUACUCUGAGGGGCUGGUGCUGCUGGUGCUGAGGAAACUGGGCCCGGGCGCACUCAUUAAUGACAUCCUGGGUGAGCUGGUCAAACUGGGAACCAAGACAGAGAUGGAGCAACAAGGAGGUUCGACUGCCUCCCAGUCUCUUUCCUCCUCUCCUUCGUCCUCUUUGGCUGGCUCCUUUAACUCCUCUAACAACUCCUCUCUGGACUCCUGUCGGCUGCUGUUUCCGUCCCAGCUUGUGGACGACAAAGACAACCUUCGGCCAGUUGUUGUGGAUGGAAGCAACGUAGCCAUGAGUCAUGGAAAUAAGGAGGUGUUCUCCUGCCAAGGCAUCAAGCUUGCUGUUGAUUGGUUUUUGGAGCGAGGUCACCGAGACAUAACAGUUUUUGUCCCUGCUUGGAGAAAAGAGCAGUCCCGUCCUGAUGCUCUUAUCACAGACCAAGACGUCUUACGGCGACUAGAGAAAGAGAAAAUCCUGGUCUUCACUCCGUCUCGCCGUGUGCAGGGACGUCGAGUGGUUUGCUACGACGACCGCUUCAUCGUCAAACUGGCCUACGAGUCCGCCGGUAUCAUCGUUUCUAAUGACAACUACCGGGACUUAGCCAAUGAAAAGCCAGAGUGGAAGAAAUUCAUUGAUGAGCGUCUACUGAUGUACUCCUUUGUAAAUGACAAGUUCAUGCCACCAGAUGACCCACUGGGACGACAUGGACCCAGUCUGGAGAACUUCCUGAGGAAAAGGCCUAUUAUUCCUGAACACAGGAAGCAGCCUUGUCCUUAUGGGAAGAAAUGCACAUAUGGCCACAAGUGUAAGUUUUACCACCCAGAAAGGGGCAGCCAGCCCCAGCGUGCUGUGGCUGAUGAGCUCCGUGCCAGUGCCAAAAUGUCAUCGGUCGCUUCUAGAGGCCUGCUGGAAGAUGCCCUGACAGUGAAGAGCCAAAGUUAUGGUCUAGCAGUCGGAUUGGCCGAGGCUGAGCUAAGUCAGAGCACUCCAAAGAAACAGCCGAACCCCAGCCUUCGGGGCUCCAUCACUGACCUUGUGGAGGACAGGCUUCGUGUCCAGUCCAAAGUGGAAGGGCGUAGGGGAAGCAGCAGCAGCAGCAGCAGCUGUAGCAGCAGCCUUCUUGGGUAUCCUGCUCCCGGCGGGCCCCCGUCAUUAGGAAGCUUUGACCCCUGGGAGCAUCCUGGGGGCACUGGUGGAGUGAGUGUUUCUGGAGCCUCUGGACCAAGCCAGGCUGAAACCUACCACAGAUGUGAAUCUCCAGAGCCGGGCUACAGCUCAAUGGUAAAGAACUACUCCAGCCUCGGUCUGGUUGUGCCACAGAGUCCUGAAUGCUUCUUCCCUGCUGAUCUGAGAGGGGGAUCGCUGCUGUCAGACUGUAGCAGUGAAGGAAGCUUAAGCUCAGACUCUUUCUCCCCUGACCCCGUGUUAGACGAUGGCCCCAGGUGCCACCAUCACCACCACCACCCUCACCACCAUCAUCACUGCUCUGGCCAGUUUUCCCACCCUGUAAGCCGCGUUCCUCCUGGAUUAGGUCAGCAGCCUCAUGGCUAUCCUGUUUCUCAAGCUCUGCGGAGACAUGAUUAUGGCCUUGAAGACCUGCCAUCUUCUGUUACCUCUCAUGGAUCACCUCGUCCCUUCAAGUCCCCUUCAGCCUACAUCCCACCCCACUUUCAGCAUCCAUUUGGGAGCAGUUUCCAAGGGGAAUUUCCAGCCCGGUCACCCCAAACAUCCACGGCUCACUCCCACGCUCAGAACUCCCCUCUUAGCCGCAAUUUAAUGGGCUCCCUUUGGCAGGAUGGUGGGCUCCAGGACUCCCAAAUGUACAAGGGGUCGCCACUUCAAUCCCGUAGAAACCACUCAGUGAUAAACCAACCGCCACAGCCUCAGAUGAACUGGGACCCACAUUACCAGCAGUCCCCGAAGCCUUGCUAUGAUCCGUACGCCUCCCAGAGCUUUCCAGAAGUCCACGAGAAGGCCUGGCACUCUCCUUGGGGCAGGCAAGCCCAUUCGUCACCGCGUGGCCUUUCAGCGUCAAGUCUUCCACCCCUCCACCAGUUGUCCCUUCCGUCCAUCUCUACCCACAAAAGCCACCUGCCCUCAGUGCCCCAGCACCAUGAGCCUCCUGCCUUGGGUCGAUACCAGGACCUCCGGGAGAGGGUGUUUGUUAACUUGUGCCGCAUUUUCCCGGCAGAUUUAGUGAGGAUGGUAAUGACCAGGAAUUCUCACAUGGUGGAUGCUCAGGAGCUCGCAGCCGCAAUUCUGAUGGAGAAAUCGCAGCACAGGUUCUUAAAUGAGCGUCAUCGUAGAUGUGUUCUGCAGGUUUAUCGCCUGCGGUCAUCUUAGUUAUUAAAGUCAGGUUGGACUUGCAUAGACCAAAAGCACACGAUACAAAGCUCCUCAAGUUGUUCAUGGACUGCUUAUUUGUAUUGCAGGGAAGUCUCAUUAAUUGUAAUGGUAUUUUUUGUAAAGGGAGAUCCCCAAACUGUCAUAUUUUUCUAUAAUAUGUCUGCUAUUUCAGCACUUAAGAUCAGGUAAAGUCGGGGUUUAAUGUUAUUGUUUGAGCAAGGGGAGUUGGUGUGCUUCGGGAGGCUUUUAAUGUGUCUUAAAGGGUGACAGAGUUGUUAUUUUAAAUAAAUUUAUUUGUUAUAUUUUAAUUUAUUUACAUAUUUUGAAUGUUUUUUUGCACUUUUUUGUUAUUGCUGUGUUCUCGCAGCUGUUUUUCUUUUGGCAAUCAUAUCAGGGUACAGCUCAAAUUCAUACUUUCCAUCUGGGUGAAAUACUCAACACACAGAUCGAGGGUUUCUCUGUGUACUGACAGGUGGUCGAUCGGUUGGUUUGGUGAUAUUUGGUGGAUUUUCCCCACAGGGAAGUGAAACUCAAGCGGCACCCAGAAAAGAAGAUAGCAAAAACUCCACUUGAAAACCCCAAGCUGUUGUUGGCUUUUGAAAAAGAGUUUAUUUCCUCUGGUAGGAUAGCCCUGUCAGCUGAUUUCACUCGUCAUCAGCUUUCAGUGCUGAUCUGUUUUUUUGUCACAACCUCUGUUCUUUUUCUAUCUUUAAAUCAUGUCAAAGUUCAAUAUCAUAAUAUAACCGUAGCAGCAGAGCAUGGUCUCCAUAAAUGUUUAGGUGAGAAGAAGAUUGUUGGUAUUUUUUAUGAUUUUAAUUUAAAAUAUGUGUUAAUUUAUUACCUUUAAUGUGUGUGAAUGUCUGUCUUGCAUGAGACACAGGUUCUCCUUUGUCCAUGAUGACACCACAGGGAAGGUUAGGCCCCUCAAACAGGGUAUAACUCCCCUCUGUUAGAUUCAUAGCUGUGCAGUAAAAGACAGGAACAAGUCAAAUCUUCCCUCAGAGUAUGAUAACAGUGGAAAUACUUAGAUCGUAGUUUUAGUUUUACACACUUUUCUCAGAGGCACUGAUUAUCUCAUUGGUUAAAUUACAAUUUAGGGGUUGAGUAAAUAAGUUGUAAUACACUUUUUUAAAUUAAUUUAUGACCAUCAACAAGCAUGGUCAGCAGAAAACAACUAUUAAGGCAGCAGUAGGAUACGUAAUCUAUGUAAAAAAAGAAAGCGGAAGAGAUCAUGAUUAUAAUAACGGCUUUUUAAAAUACUACUCAUCUUUAUUAACUGCUUUUUCUCUUAAAGUAUAGGUUGUAUCUAUUUUAGGUAGAGCACUUAAUUUCAUUACCAUGUCCACUGAUGGGAUCAUCUGAAUGUCUGAAGAACUGUUUGGAGAACUAAACUCACUUUUGCCUGAUUAUCUUAAUAUCUAGUAGCCAGAUGACACUUCUCUUUGUUGAUACAAAUUGUAUCCUAUAAACAUUUUAAACAAGAUCAUUGUUUUAUAAAAGAAUAUAUGAGAAAACAAAUAUUUCGAGGUGAAUAUUUUGAGUAUUUGUGGCAAACUUUGGCCUAUAUUUAUAUGAGGGUUUUUUUUAUUCCCUUUCUUUUACUGUGCAAGAAACAGAAACUGUUAUUGUUUAUGUAAACUGAAAGCAUGGUACAAGCAUGGUACUGUGUAGUGCAAAAGAAACCCUGACUGUGGUUGUUAGGGGUUAAAAAUAACAAUGUGGUUAAAAGGGAUGUAGUCUUAUUUCUCAUGAGACAGACUGGAGCUCGCUGUAGUGUUGCACUCCAUCACAGAACAGUAUUUCUGAAACAUUUGGAGUACUUUUUCAGACAAAAAUACAAACAAUGUCCUGAAGGUUUGCAGUGAAAAGAGAGGAGAUUAAAUGAGCUUGCUUCUCCUUUCGACGCCUUUCCAAGGAAGCUUAAACCACAACAUUUUCUCUCUUUUUUGUUGCCUUGAAGCUCUCUUACUUGAAAAGCUCUUUUCUUAAGGGCUGUGCUGUAAUUUGAACUGUGUUGGUCUCAGGAACAGGUCCUCGGUACUUCCUGUCAGUUUCAUGUUCGCUCUCAUGUGCUUUAAAGUAAACGGCUGAUUAAGUCAGUCAUAGGUCUGGCUAGCACUGUGUGCUAGUGUGUGCUACAGGGUUAAGAUGCUCACAAUUAUUACCAAACAAACCUCUUAAAAGGUGUUGUGUUAACAUUCCUGUGGAUAUUUAAACCCUCAUAUAUAUUGGGGAACAAAUGUUUUUCUAUUAUCAUGAACUUUUUAAGAGCUAUUUUUCUAAAUGUGUGUUUAUCUGCAGGAAGAGAUUGUAGUCAGUGUUGCUGAUUAAAGGGAUGUACACGUUGCUAACAGUGCUAAUGUUGUGUUUGGUUUUCUCCACAAAGGUUACUUGACAGUGGUCAGGAUUAAGCAAUUUGCCACCUCGCUUUAUUUAUAUGAAUUUGACCGUCUUUAUGGUUCAUGUUGCUCUCCACAAACAGUACUAGCUGUAGCUGUUUGUUAGCUAGCAACAUGUGCUCUAGCAUAGUGUGUGUGUGUGUGUGUGUGUGUGUGUGUGUGUGUGUGUGUGUGUGUGUGUGUGUGUG